UGCUUACGGUCACACACCUCUAAUCUGAAGUGCAACCGAAAGACAACAAAUUCGCAACGUUUUAGUCAUAUUUUUGCAUUUAACUGUUAAACAAAUACGUUUUAUUACUGGGGAUGUCAGAGCUGCGCUCCAAAGUUAUUACUCUUUACAAGCACUUACAGUACCUGGGCCGUGAUUACCCCGGCCUGAAUGGGCCGCAAAAGUUUCGCAAACAAAUCCAUGAUGCGUUCAUAAACAACAAGGAUGAGCGCGAUCCCAAAAAGAUCGUGGCUCUCCUGGCCCAGGGACGUUACCUCGCCAAGGAGGUGGAGGCGUUGUAUUCGCUGAAAAAAUACCGCACCGUAAAGCAGCGUUACAGCUACAAUGACUAGAGAGUGACCGAAAGAGAGAGGUGAAAGGCGGAAAUGCAAAAGGACUGAAAACCAGAACGAGAAUGAGAACGGGAAUAUGAUACAGCCAAUGUAUUGUUUUUGCUUAAACAAAGACAAAAGACCCGCACCCAACACACAAAAAUACACACA